AAGUUGCCAUAACAAUUCAAUAUGGAAGAAAUAGAAGUUAUAUCAAUCAAAUAAAUAUUUAUACAACGUGUUAUUUAGAAGUAAGAUUUUUCUAUAUACUAAAAAAAGAAUGAAAAUCGAAGAGGUAAAAAGUACUGCAAAGACUCAAAGAAUAUCAGCUCAUACACAUAUAAAAGGCCUAGGUCUUGAUGAAAAUGGUGCAGCAAUACAAGCUGCAGCCGGUCUUGUUGGUCAAGAAAUGGCUCGUGAGGCAGCUGGAAUAGUUGUUGAUAUGAUAAAAUCAAAAAAAAUGGCUGGGAGAGCUGUAUUAUUAGCUGGUCCACCUGGUACUGGAAAAACUGCAAUUGCAUUAGCUAUUGCUCAAGAAUUAGGCAAUAAAGUACCAUUUUGUCCUAUGGUAGGCUCAGAAGUUUAUAGUUCUGAAAUAAAAAAAACAGAAGUUUUAAUGGAAAAUUUUAGAAGAGCUAUUGGGCUUAGAAUCAAAGAGACUAAAGAAGUAUUUGAAGGAGAAGUUACAGAAUUAACUCCAAUUGAAACAGAAAAUCCAAUGGGUGGAUAUGGAAAAACAGUAUCUCAUGUAGUAAUUGGAUUAAAAACUGCUAAAGGUACUAAGCAGUUAAAGUUAGAUCCUUCCAUAUAUGAAUCAUUGCAAAAGGAAAAGGUAGAAACAGGAGAUGUAAUUUACAUUGAAGCAAAUAAUGGUGCUGUAAAAAGACAGGGUAGAAGUGAUAAUUUUGCAACCGAAUUUGACUUAGAAGCAGAAGAAUAUGUUCCUUUACCUAAAGGUGAUGUACACAAGAAAAAAGAAGUCAUUCAAGAUGUAACAUUACAUGAUCUAGAUGUUGCUAAUGCUAAACCACAAGGUGGUCAAGAUAUUAUGUCUAUGAUGGGUCAAUUAAUGAAACCUAAAAAAACAGAAAUUACAGAUAAAUUGCGUAAAGAAAUAAACAAAGUAGUAAAUAAAUAUAUUGAUCAAGGAAUUGCAGAAUUAGUACCAGGAGUUUUAUUUAUAGAUGAGGUACACAUGUUAGAUAUAGAAACAUUUACGUAUCUUCAUCGUGCAUUGGAAAGCGCAAUUGCACCAAUAGUUAUCUUUGCAACAAAUCGAGGUCGCUGCAUAAUCAGAGGAACAGAAGAUAUUAUAUCACCUCAUGGAAUACCUCUUGAUCUUUUAGAUAGACUAUUAAUUAUACGAACGCUUCCUUAUUCUAGAUCGGAAAUAGAACAAAUCGUCAAAUUAAGAGCUACAACAGAAGGAUUACAAAUCGAAGAUGAAGCUUUAUCAGCUCUUGGUGAAGUAGGUACAAAAACGACGCUUAGAUAUGUAGUACAACUUUUAACUCCCGCGGCAUUAACAGCCAAAGUUAACGAAAGAACAAUAAUAAAGAAAGAAGAUAUUGAAGAAGUAGCAUCAUUGUUCUUAGAUGCAAAGUCUUCUGCUAAAAUUCUUACACAAAAUAAAGAUAAAUUUAUGAAAUGAA